CGUGCGAGGGAGUGCGGCGCGAGCGCGCGCGGCGGCGGCAGUGUGUCCGGGACGCGCGUGGAGGUCGGUCGCUCAGAGCUGCUGGGCGCGUCGUGGCGGCGAGCGAGCGAGUUCCUGCGAGUCCUCUGUGGCUUCCCCGUGCCCGCAGCCUCCCGCCCGGUCGCCCCGCGCCCCUUCCCGCGCCUUCCGCCUGCAGCCCGUCGAAGCUCCGGAGAUGAAUUUCGCCAUCGCUUCAGAGAUGACCCAGAUUAAGAUGCAUGAUUAUCACAGAAGAAAUUCAUGUCUAUAGCUUUUAAGGACUUGAUUACAUCAUUUUCAAGCCUGAUAGUUUUGGAACCACCAUUAAAGCCUAAGACAUCUACCUUCACACAACCACCUCUCUUCAUACCUUAACGAAGUGCUUUGUUUCAACACUCCUUUGUCUUUGGAUCAUCUGCCUUCCCAGUGACAUAUUUCUCAUCAGUAAUAGUUGCCAAAUUUAUAAGGAAAAAUGAUUCCCAAUGGAUAUUUGAUGUUUGAAGAUGAAAAUUUUAUUGAAUCUUCUGUUGCCAAAUUAAAUGCCCUAAGGAAAAGUGGGCAAUUCUGUGAUGUUCGACUUCAGGUCUGUGGCCAUGAGAUGCUAGCACACAGGGCGGUCCUGGCUUGCUGCAGCCCAUAUCUGUUUGAAAUCUUUAAUAGUGACAGUGACCCUCACGGAGUUUCUCACGUGAAGUUGGAUGAUCUCAAUCCAGAAGCUGUUGAAGUCUUGCUGAAUUAUGCGUACACUGCUCAGUUGAAAGCUGAUAAGGAGUUAGUAAAGGAUGUUUAUUCUGCAGCAAAGAAGUUGAAGAUGGACCGGGUAAAGCAGGUCUGUGGAGAUUAUUUACUAUCUAGAAUGGAUGUUACUAGCUGCAUCUCUUACCGAAAUUUUGCAAGUUGUAUGGGAGACUCCCGUUUGUUGAAUAAGGUCGAUGCUUAUAUACAGGAGCAUUUGUUACAAAUUUCAGAAGAGGAGGAAUUUCUUAAGCUUCCGAGACUAAAGUUGGAGGUAAUGCUUGAAGAUAAUGUUUGCUUGCCCAGCAAUGGCAAAUUAUACACAAAGGUAAUCAACUGGGUGCAGCGUAGCAUCUGGGAGAAUGGAGACAGCCUGGAAGAGCUCAUGGAAGAGGUUCAAACCUUGUACUACUCAGCUGAUCACAAGCUGCUUGAUGGGAACCCACUAGAUGGACAGGCUGAGGUGUUUGGCAGUGAUGAUGACCACAUUCAGUUUGUGCAGAAAAAGCCACCCCGUGAGAAUGGCCAUAAGCAGAUAAGUGGCAGUUCCACUGGAUGUCUCUCUUCUCCAAAUGCUUCAAUGCAAAGUCCUAAGCAUGAGUGGAAAAUCGUUGCUUCUGAAAAGACUUCAAAUAACACUUACUUGUGCCUGGCUGUGCUGGAUGGUACAUUCUGUGUCAUUUUCCUCCAUGGGCGGAACAGUCCACAGAGCUCACCAACAAGUACUCCAAAACUGAGCAAGAGUUUAAGCUUUGAGAUGCAGCCCGAUGAGCUCCUAGAAAAGCCCAUGUCUCCCAUGCAAUAUGCGCGCUCUGGGCUAGGGACAGCAGAGAUGAAUGGCAAACUGAUAGCUGCAGGUGGUUAUAACAGAGAGGAAUGUCUUCGAACAGUUGAAUGCUAUGAUCCACAUACAGAUCAUUGGUCCUUCCUUGCUCCCAUGAGAACACCAAGAGCCCGCUUUCAAAUGGCUGUGCUAAUGGGACAGCUCUAUGUGGUGGGUGGAUCAAAUGGACACUCAGAUGACCUGAGUUGUGGAGAAACGUAUGAUCCAAGCAUUGAUGACUGGACCCCUGUUCCAGAGUUGAGAACUAACCGUUGUAAUGCAGGAGUAUGUGCUCUGGAUGGGAAAUUGUACAUCGUUGGUGGCUCCGAUCCAUAUGGUCAGAAAGGCCUGAAAAACUGUGAUGUGUUUGAUCCCGUAACAAAGUCGUGGACAAGCUGUGCUCCUCUUAACAUUCGUAGACACCAGUCUGCAGUUUGUGAACUUGGUGGUUAUUUGUAUAUAAUUGGAGGGGCAGAAUCUUGGAAUUGUCUGAACACGGUAGAACGAUACAAUCCUGAAAAUAACACCUGGACUUUAAUUGCACCCAUGAAUGUGGCUAGGCGAGGAGCUGGAGUCGCUGUUCUUGAUGGAAAACUGUUUGUAGGUGGUGGCUUUGAUGGCUCUCAUGCCAUCAGUUGUGUGGAGAUGUAUGAUCCAACUAGAAAUGAAUGGAAGAUGAUGGGAAAUAUGACAUCACCGAGAAGCAAUGCUGGGAUCACAACUGUAGGGAACACCAUUUAUGCAGUGGGAGGAUUUGAUGGCAAUGAAUUUCUGAAUACAGUGGAAGUCUAUAGCCUUGAAACAAAUGAGUGGAGCCCUUACACGAAGAUUUUCCAGUUUUAACAAAUUUAAGACCCCCAAACUAACAGGCUUAGUGAUGUAAUUGUGUUUAGUAGAGGUACACUUGUGAAUAAGGAGGGUGGGUGGGGUAGAUGUUGCUAAUAGCAACACAAAGCUUUUGCAUAUUGCAUAUUAUUAAACAUGCUGUACAUACUUUUUGUGUUUGGAAAGGAAUGCAAAGAUGAAGGUCUGUUUGUGUAUUCUUAAGGUGUCUUUGGUUAUUUUACUUUUUGAAGGUUGAUACUGUAAAAGAAUAAACCACGAAUUGAUUGGGAACAUCAUUUCAAGUCCCUGCUCCUCCACAUUUGUUUUGCCGAUUUGCACAUUAAAUGACUCUUUCCCUCGGGUCUGUCUUAAAGGGCAAGAGGGGUAGGGUUUAAACGUAGGCAGUUGGGUUUUUUAAGGGCCCUUUUUCAAUAACUGGAACACUCUAUAACAAGAUACUUAUUUAAAUAGAUAACAAUGACUAUUUUUGUUUUUAUUAAAAGAAAGUUGACAUGCCUACCAAUAUUUAGUCUUUUAUGAUUACAUUUUUAUAACUUUUUAUAUUCUCAGCAGAGUGCUUUAUCUGUUGAAGUAAAGUGUGACAGAUUCAAGUUAUCAAAGCAGAGUGGCAGUGGAAGGGAUGCAGAGCGGGGUGUUUCUUUAAAAUGCUCAGAUUGUGAACCUAAGCAUGUGCCGCAGCUGUACCUUUUUCUUUUCUAUUUAAGAAUGCAGUAUCAAUGUUUAUUUGGAUGGAGUUGCUGAACAGUAACAUGGUAAUAAUUCAAACCUGGGUUUGAUGAAUUACUUGACUGACUCAGUAGGAUGUUUAGUCUGCCUUUAUUUAUCAUUAACGAAACAAUUGUAAGUGGAAGCCUUUGAUUGAAAAAAAAAAUUAAACUAUUGGGUUUGUGAAUGCACCCUUUUUCAGAACUGUUUUGUUCAGUUAUCUAUUCACCUGGAUUAAUACUGGUUGGGAUGACUCAGUGUCUGAUGGGUAGUGCUACACACCAAACUGUGCCCAAAUGAGCAAAUCCUAAUGCUUGUUGUAGGUGCAAACACAUUAAAGGUACUUUGCAGUAAAUUCUU